AUGGCGUUGGCUGGAAUCACGACUUCGAAUCCAACGUUUCUUCAGCUAAGGGUCUCUACCACAAGCUUACGUCAUGUGAUUCCACGCAAUUCGAUUUCAUUUCCUCGUUCGUCGUACGUGAAUCUCAAUCGGAGAAGCCGUCUCUAUGUUCGGUCCUCCUCCUCCUCUGCUCCAGUGGCAUCUGCAGUGGAGGGGCUGAAGCCGGCGAUAUCCUUGACGGAGAGUGCGCUUAAGCAUCUGAAUAAGAUGAGAACAGAACGUGGGGAAGAUUUGUGCUUGAGGAUUGGUGUGAAGCAGGGAGGUUGUUCAGGGAUGUCUUACACGAUGGACUUUGAGAACAGAGCUAACGCAAGACCGGAUGAUUCCACCAUUGAAUAUGAAGGCUUCGCUAUUGUCAAGUUUACAUGGCGAAUGCACAGCAACCAAAGCUGUUUGUGGGAAUGA